AUGGCGGCGGGCAGGCGCGCUCCGCGCACCGGGCUGCUGGAGCUGCGCGGCCCCAGCGGGCAGUGGCUCCGCGUCCUGCUCACCCUGGCCGAGGACGUGCUGGGGGUCAGCCCGGCAGACGGCCCCGGGCCCGGCCCCGAGGCCCCGGCGGCACAGCUGAACGGCGGCGAGCCGGGCUCCGCCGCGCCCGAGGCGCUCGCCAACAUCAGGCGCACCGUGCGCGUCGUCAAGCAGGAUGUGGGGGGCCUCGGCAUCAGCAUCAAAGGUGGCCGAGAGAAUAAAAUGCCCAUCUUGAUCUCCAAGAUCUUUAAGGGGCUGGCAGCGGACCAGACCGAGGCGCUGUACGUGGGGGAUGCCAUCCUCGCCGUCAAUGGCACCGACCUGUCCGAGGCCACGCACGAUGAGGCCGUGCAGGCCUUGAAGAAGACGGGCAAGGAAGUGAUCUUAGAAGUGAAGUACAUGAAGGAGAUCUCGCCCUACUUCAAGAACUCCUCGGCGGGGGCGACGGUCAGCUGGGACCCCUCUCCUGCUGCCCAGCAGAAGCGAUCAUCCCCACUGCUGCCCUCUCAGGAGCUCCGGGAGAGCCGGAGCGUCCCUCUGAAGAUGUGCUACGUGUCCCGCAAGUGCCUCCCCGCUGACCCGGAGCACAGGUACCUGGAGGUGUGCUCGGCGGACGGGCGCGUUGCCCUCUUCCUGCGGGCCAAGGACGAGGCCACGGCACAGUCGUGGCUCGGCGCCAUCCAGGCCAACGCGGCCGCGCUGCUGCCGCGGGUGAAGGAGGAGCUGCGGGCACAGCUGGCGGGGGCCGGCACGGUGGCCGGACGGGACAUCAAGCACGUGGGCUGGCUGACCGAGCAGCUCCCCAGCGCCGGCACCAGGAACCUCCUGGCCGUGCUCACAGAGAAGGAGCUGCUGCUGUAUGGGAGCCUGCCACAGAGCCGGGACGCCCUGGGCAAGCCCACGCACAGUUAUCCCCUCAUCGCCACCAGGCUGGUGCACUCGGGGCCGGCCAAGGGCUCGGCGCUGUACGAGGCCGAGCGCUCCUUCGCGCUGCGUGCCGGCGGCCGCCUGGGCGUGCAGACCCAUCUCUUCAGCCUGGAGAGCCCCCGAGAGCUCGCCCUGUGGACGCGCCUGCUGGUGGACGGCACCCACGGCGCCGCCGAGCUGGCCCAGGAGGUCUCGGCAGCCUGCACGUGGAAGGGGCAGGACUGCACCCUGACCGUCCACAUCGACAAGGGCUUCACCAUCUCCACCAGCGAGCCCGGGCUCAACAGGACCAUCCUGCUCCAGCAGCCCUUUGAGAAGCUGCAGAUGUCCUCGGAUGAUGGCACCAAGAUGCUCUACCUGGACUUUGGUGGACCGGAGGGAGAGAUCCAAUUGGACCUUCACUCCUGCCCCAAGACCAUCGUCUUCAUCAUCCACUCCUUCCUGUCGGCCAAGGUGACCCGGCUGGGGCUGCUGGCAUGA